CAAAAUAACAAAUGACAAAGUAUAAAAUAUUAACUACAUCAAAGAAAUGAAUAGAAAUAAUUAUAUAAAAAAAUACCUAUCAUAUAAACAUCAAUGUACAUAUGUGUUAUGAGUUCCUCAAACGAAAAUUAUAGUUAUUAACAAAACAAAUAAAGCUGUAUCGCAAUUGUUUAUAAGUCGUAACGCGGAGCAUGUCGUUCAGCUGUUCACUUGCCACGCCUUAACUUAUUCAAGUUCACAAUGUUCCCUCCACCCCCUUAGGCCGUCAGUUCUUAUUCGCUCUUUCUCUUUCCCUCUGCCGGCUAACGAUGUAUCCGGUACAGUCCAACGCAACAUACAUUCCACUCGUUCCCGAAAUCCGCAGCGAGGUUCUUCCAUUAUCCCGUCAAACUUCACGCAGCGCAACUGUCUGCGUGGCUUUUUUCAGCGGCUACUGUAGUCGCUGCGGUUAAUCGUAAUCGCGAUCGCACCGUGGCGAGAAGUUAGCGCGUCGUGCGAGAGUUUUUCGCGUACAAUGCCGAGCAUAGCGGAAUAUUCUCAGCCGAAGUAAUUUGUCGUUACACGUACGUGCGAGGGUUGCCCCGUUCUGUCAUAUUUUGCACGACGCCGGUGUUGAUUAGCGCUCUCUCUCUCUCUCGUCCGUGCCAUAAGCCAUAAGCCCGCAAAUUGAGCCGAAUUGCUGACAGAAGAGGAAACGCGGAGUCAUUCCAUUAUACGUCCGACAUGUCAAGCGAAAGCGUGAAAACAUUUGCAAGCUUGGAGACCCCUGGAUAUGUGGGAUUCGCGAAUUUACCCAAUCAAGUGCAUCGAAAAUCUGUAAAAAAAGGAUUUGAGUUUACACUUAUGGUUGUCGGCGAAUCUGGUCUUGGAAAAUCGACUUUGGUGAACAGUUUAUUCCUUACAGAUUUGUAUCCUGAACGAAUAAUUCCUGAUGCAAUUGAGAAAACCAAUCAAACUGUCAAACUUGAUGCUUCAACGGUUGAAAUUGAAGAAAGAGGCGUAAAGCUUAGAUUGACAGUUGUCGAUACGCCCGGUUACGGAGAUGCGAUCGACAACACCGAUAGCUUUAGGGCUAUUAUCCAAUACAUAGAUGAUCAGUUUGAGCGAUUCCUUCGUGACGAGAGUGGUUUAAACAGGAGGAACAUUGUGGACAAUAGAAUACAUUGUUGUUUUUACUUUAUUUCUCCAUUCGGUCAUGGAUUGAAGCCGUUGGACAUCGAGUUUAUGAAACAGUUGCAUAAUAAAGUCAAUAUAGUACCUGUAAUAGCGAAAGCCGAUGUACUUACAAAAAAGGAGGUAUUGCACCUAAAGAAGAGAGUCAUGGAGGAGAUUGAGGGCAGUGGAAUCAAGAUAUAUCCUCUACCAGACUGUGAUAGCGACGAGGAUGAGGAUUACAAGGAACAAGUGCGUCAGCUGAAGGAGGCUGUCCCGUUCGCGGUUUGCGGCGCCAACACUUUGCUCGAAGUUAAGGGCAAGAGAGUGAGAGGCCGAUUGUAUCCGUGGGGCGUCGUUGAAGUGGAAAAUCCCGAUCAUUGCGAUUUUAUCAAGCUAAGGACGAUGCUGAUUACACACAUGCAAGAUCUGCAGGAAGUAACGCAAGAAGUGCAUUACGAGAAUUAUCGUAGCGAAAGACUGGCGAAAGGAGCUCCGGUGCCGCCUCGACGACAAACUCUCGCGGAAUCUGAGAAGAACCCCGCGGCGACGGAAAAGGAUCGUAUUCUGCAAGAGAAGGAAGCGGAGAUACGGCACAUGCAAGAACUGUUAGCCGUGAUGCAGGCACAAAUGCAACAACAACAACCUUGAUCAACCAUGCAGUUUUAUAUCGACACGUGAAGGAAAUGAUGAUUCCUCACCGUUACGAGUGCCAAAAAGAUUUGUGAACCUUUUUAGUAGUUUAUACACGAUCAAGAUCUUAAUUUUGGAGACGCAUUACAUUUCUAAGCUUGUCUUUAUUAAGACAAUUUUAUUUUGAUAUACACAUUACGCGUUUUUAUAGAUAUUUUAUAUUUCGUAAGAGUAUAAGAACCAAUGCAAUCGAUAUAUCUUUUUGUUAAGUCUGCAUUGACGUACAGCGUGCCCAAGAGUUUGCACUGACAAAUUCCUCGCAGCAUUUGAACACAAAAUCUUAAUAUCAAGACGUCAAGAUCGUAGUAGAGUUUUAAAAAAUGAGCAGUAUUCAAAGAUCGUCACAUAAAUCUAAAUUUUACACAUUUAAACACGAUAUAACAUGCAAUAAUGCAGUAAGAUAUCAUUAUGUUCAGGUAUUAUAAAGCGAUUUCAUUGAUAUUGAUUUCAAUAUCCAUACAAAAAACGCUCAUUUAAAAGAGAGCGUUAUAGCCUCAACGUUUUGAUAUUUGCUGCUAUCUUUUAUUAAACAAACAUCUCAGAUAUUUUAUAUAUAUGACAAAAUAGGAUUUUUAUUUUAUUUUUAUUUCGCAGGUAAAAUAUAUGAUAUAACAGAAUGGUAAACGGAAAAGAAUUGUAAAAAGUGCCUUGCAAUUUUUGUCUAUUAUAUACCGUAUCACCGUAUUGAAUAUGCAAACGUAUAUGUAUCAUUAUACAUAUACGAAAUAGAGAAUCUUUUUAUACCAUACAUAUACGGACUAUCUCUCUUCGAUAAUAGAUAUAUUACAAUUAAGGGAAAAGAAACGAUUAUUUCCAUAUUGAGCAAUAUAUGCAAAACAAAUGUCUAAAAAAAUAUUGUAACUUUAUGUUCCUACUAUUAAGUAAAAAGUUUUAUAUUGAAUUCAUUUAAAAAGGAAAUAUUAAAGACUUUAGGAAGAUUGGAGGAUAUAAUUCUCAAAAAACUUACGUAACUUUUACUCGGAAAUGUGAACACCACGUCUUUUAGGUGCUCAUUGUAUAAAAUUCAUCUGAUAUAUCUGCCUAAUAAAUCCUACUAAAGGACAUGUCUAUUGCAGAGGUCGCCUUUCAUGAAUUGCUUGUUUCAUAACUGUGCUCUGUACAAACGGAGUUUUCAAUUGAUGAAACAAAGUCUUCGAUUGAUGUGAAUACGAGCAUUAUAUUGCUGUUGCUCAUCUUUCUUAUAUUGUUUAAAGUGCUUCCAGCUAUGUGCUAUGUGGAACAUAGAAUUUUUUAACGUAUUACUUCCUGCUUUAUAUUUAUAGGCAGAUAUAUCAGAUGAAGUUUGCAUGACGAGCAUUUGAAAGACGUGAUAUCGGUGCAAGACUUAUUUUUUUAUGGAAAACAUAACUUUCCAUGAAAAGGUAAGUUUGGUACGGAUUUUCUUGACAUCGCUCACUUCGAAACUUCUAUUUUUUAGAUUAUUCGUGCCAGAAAUGACUCCAUGAAACAUACGAAAAAACAUAAGUAUAUUUUUAGAUAUUUAUAGAUAUCAUAUACCAUCAAUAUUUUACUGUCAAAAUGUAUAAUGUUUAAGAAAUUGCGCGAUUAAAAGUUUGAUAACUUUCUGUGCAUAUCGCAUAUAAAUGUUUCGUACAAUAUAAGCAACGAAAUGUCGAAAGUGUAAUUGUGUAUAUGUUGUAUGUAUGUAUGUGCUUGUGUGUGCGAGUUUUAUCUACACGUGAUUCGGCUAAAUAAUUAUAUUAGGCAGUAUAUUCACGCAAAUAUCAAAUACAUUUUAUGCUUUAGUUGUACAAAAACAAUUUUGAGAACAUAUCUACAUUGAAAACAUUUCCACGUUCUUACGGGAAUUAUAUAAAUAUAAUAACUAUAUGAAUUUU